CCUACCCGAGGAGAAAGUUUGUUUAAAGACUCAUUCUCCUGACAUUCAUUGUGGAAGGCUCGAUAGUCUGGUGUAUCUCUUCAUAAAUUUACCAACGCAAAUCUUACGAAAAUGACCGAGAAAACAGCAGCGGACACACCGACCACUGUUGUUGGAACUAGUCCAGAUCAAUCUUUGGACCUGCCCACUGUUCCUGAGGAAGUCACGGCAUCAUGGCUCUCCGGAGUCCUCGGGACUAAAAUUAAAUCGAUCAAACUGGAAAAAGUUGUACCUGGCACGGCCACCAAGCUCUUCGUGACCGUCGAAUACGAUGAGACAGACAAGGCGACCCUAAGGCCAACGCAUUUAUGCAUCAAGGGUGGCUUCAACCCCGCACUUGUCGAGCAGAUGCCUUGGAUCGUCAGCAUUUACCAACGCGAGGUCGAAUUCUUCAACCGAAUCGCUCCAACCCUUGAUCACAUGGAAAUCCCUAAAUCGUGGUGGGCUGGGCAUAACUCGAAGCAAGGCAUAGUGAUAAUGGAUGAUCUUGCCGCCCAGGGCUGCACAUUUGGCACCGUCACUGAGGCCUGGCCUGUAUCGGAUGUUCGCCACGCUCUAGACGACCUCGCGGCUCUCCAUGCGAAGACGUGGGGGGUAACUAAAGAAGAACUACCUUGGCUUACUUCAGAUUACGACACAGCUCUUCUAAGCCUAAUGGAAACCUACGAAGCUGUGGUGAAUGGUCCUGAACGUCCAGUUAUUCCCGACUUCUUAAAGGACCAAAAACGAAUUACAGCGGUGCUGAAAAAGCACUACGCCUCCAGGAAUCCCAGGUUCACAGCCCUCACACACGCCGAUGGGCAUAUUUCGAACACUUACCGACGUGAUGGCAAGCCACACUUCCUUGACUGGCAGAUGAUUCAUAUAUCAUCAGUGUUUCACGAUGUAGCUUAUUUCAUCUGUGGCGCGCUGAGUACUGAGGACCGCCGCCAAAACGAGCUUUCACUCGUCGACCACUAUCUCGUGACGUUGAAAAGGCUAGGCGGUCCAUCGUUUUCAAGGGACGACAAAGAUGUCAUGGAGGAGUAUCGCAAGAAUAUCCUUAUUGGCGUAGGCUGGCUGCUUUGCCCUGAAACUAUGCAGCCGUUGAAAAACAUCGUUCCCAUGGCUCUGCGAUUUGCAGCCGCCCUAGAAGAUCAUAAGGUACUUGAGUUGGUGGAAUCUUUGCCAUGAGCUUUGUUUACCUUAAUAGAGAAAGAAUAGCGUUGGACUACGUCAUUUUAAAGCUACCCAAACCCCAAUUACUUCGAACGUCAAGGGAGGAACGUUUCAAACGCAUCUUGCUCGACAGAUACUAUAUAGAUAGAUACCUACCUCGGGAUUCAAUAGACUAUAAAUU